AUGAAGAUUACGUUCAAGACAGUGACCAACAAGCUCUUCUCGAUUGACGCCGAUGAGUCGGAGACCAUCGGCGGCCUCAAGAAGAAGAUCCAGGAGGCCCAGUCGUUCCCCGCCGAGCUUCAGAAGCUUAUCUACUCUGGUGGGUAUCAAUGUUCGGCACAGACUAACAUUCCAGGAAAGAUUCUGAAGGACGAUGCGACCGUCGGCGACCUCAAGAUCAAGGAGAAGGACUUCCUUGUUGUGAUGGUGUCCAAGCCCAAGGCCACUCCCGCCGCCGCCGAGUCUGCCGCGGUUACCGGUGCUGCCCUCCAGAACGCUAUCGAUGGCAUGGUCGAGAUGGGUUUCGAGCGCGACCAGGUCGUCAAGGCUCUUCGCGCCAGCUACAACAACCCCGACCGUGCGGUCGAGUACCUCAUGAGCGGAAACAUUCCGGAGCCUGAGCCGUCAGCCGCUCCCGCUCCUCGUGCGCCCGCCGCUGCUCCCGCUGCCACUACCACCCCUUCCGCCGCCCCCUCCGCCGCCUCGCCGCCCGCUGCCGCCCCGGCCCCUUCGUCGGGUGGAGCCGGUGCCGAUAACCUUUUCGCUGCCGCUGAGGCUGCCAUGAAUCGUGAUCGCGGAGGAGGUCUUUCUGCUGCUGGAGCUGGUGCCGGAGCCGGUGCGGGUGGUGAGUCUCUCGGUGAGCUCGCCAACUCGCCCCAGCUUCAGCGCAUCCGCCAGGCAGUCCAGGAGAACCCUGCCCUCAUCCAGCCGCUCCUCCAGCAGAUUGCUGCUUCGAACCCCGGACUCGCCCAGAUGCUCAACCAGAAUCCCCAGGCCCUGUACGACCUUCUCGGCGUCGGUGACGAGGACGACGGAGGCGAGGACUAUGGAGGUGCCCAGGUCAUGCACGUCAACCUGACGCAGGAGGAGGCCGCUGCCGUUGAGCGACUUGAGCAGCUUGGCUUUGACCGCCAGGUCGUGCUGCAGGCGUUCCUGGCGUGCGACAAGAACGAGGAGCUGGCCGCCAACUACCUGUUUGAAAUCGCUGAGGAGGACGAGCAGAUGUAG